AUGACCGCAACAAGCCACUACAAUUCAAGCAACGCAGUAACCGUUUCUCAAACGAUCAACGCUGGAAAUCCAUUUGUCGACCUGUCUUAUUCAAUCAAUUUUUACGAUAGUGCAGAUUACACAAACAAAGUUGACUUUUCAUCCACAAGUAUCACCGUCGGCAACACUCUUUUCGCCCAGAUCGAAGCUCCAGAAUUGAUAAAUGAUACGAAAUUCAUCGUCAAAAGAUGCACCGUCACUGAUAACACCGACGCUGGUUACAGUCUCAUGCUUGUCAACAAUUUUUGCCCAAUCGAUAAUGGUCUCAAUUUUCGUUGGCGAUCGGAUUCGACGAGUGAUUCUGUUGUUCAAUUCGAGUAUACUAAUUUUAUAUUUCCUGGAAGCUCUGAAACGACUGAAAUGACGCUUGAUUGCGAGAUUAAUCUCUGCCAUGUUGACGAUUCGGAAUGCUUGAAAGGUUGUGAGAAGCACAUUUUGGUGUUCCCUAGUUAUAUGGCAGAUGCUUACACGAUCUCUUCAAGUGGACAAAUGACGGAUGUAUCGGUCAGUGCGCCAUCGACAAUAGAUUCAAAUACAAUUAAUUUUGCUGAAUAUACUGGUGGAAGUCAUUUUGCGGUCGUUCGUGGAGAAAUGUAUGUUUUUGGAGGAGGCUAUGGCAUGGAAAGCAAUCAAAAGAUAGCGAUGCUGAAUGGGUGCGAGUUCACCGAGCUUCCAGUUAAAUUCACUUUUUAUUAUGGCGCUGAGUCUGCAGCACUCGCCAUAGACGGCGGAAUGCAAGCUCUCGUCUGCUUUGAUACGAUAUACGGUCUCUUGACACACGAAAAUAAGGGCAAAAGAUGUGAAGUAUUCGAUGCUUUUACGACAGCACCUACUACUUUUGUCCCGCAGUACCAUCAUGGCUUUGGUAAAUUGGGUAUGUAUCAAGGCCAACCAACAACCGCCGGUGGAACAAGCUCUCUGAAUGUUGGCCCCUUCAAGAAAGUUGAAACGCUUACUCCAACCGGGUGGACAAGCCUUGCUGAUCAUCCAAAAAAUAUAAGGGCUCAUGUCUUAAUUGGUUUGGACAGUGGUGCAAUGGUGAUGGCUGGCGGAUACAAUCCAGAUAUUCCUGACCUUACUCGAGAAAUUUGGCUUCUGAAGGACGGCUUAUGGAGUAAUAUUGGUUUUCUUAGCGACAGAUCAAGAGAAUCAUCGGCGUUGAGAAUCGGUAACGACAUCUUCAUCGUCUGUGGUGCGCAAUCAACAGAAAAGCUGAACUAUUUUCCGAUUGAGAAACUAACAAUCGUUGACGACGAACUCAUCAAUUCAGAAGUCAUCGGCAGUAAGACAAAUCAAAAUCAACAACCCGUUCUUUUCGAAGUAUCAGCUGAUUUCACUUGUUAA